GUCAAACCCCGCCUUCAAAUAACUCCCCGACUUCCCGCCCCGCCCCCGGUCCCACCCCCCAGGAGCAGGUGGAGUACGUAUUCCUGGUGAUUUUCACUGUGGAGACGGUGCUCAAGAUCGUGGCCUACGGGCUGGUGCUCCACCCCAGCGCCUACAUCCGCAAUGGCUGGAACCUACUCGACUUCAUCAUCGUCGUUGUCGGGCUGUUCAGCGUGCUGCUGGAGCAGGGCCCCGGACGGCCAGGCGACGCCCCGCACACCGGGGGAAAGCCAGGAGGCUUCGAUGUGAAGGCAUUGAGGGCGUUUCGUGUGCUGCGGCCACUGAGACUGGUGUCUGGGGUCCCGAGCCUGCACAUAGUGCUCAAUUCCAUCAUGAAGGCUCUGGUGCCGCUGCUGCACAUUGCACUGCUCGUGCUCUUCGUCAUCAUCAUUUAUGCCAUCAUUGGGCUCGAGCUGUUCCUCGGACGAAUGCACAAGACGUGCUACUUCCUGGGAUCCGAGGUGGAAGCGGAGGAGGACCCAUCGCCCUGUGCCUCUUCGGGAUCGGGGCGUGCAUGCACGCUGAACCAGACUGAGUGCCGCGGGCGCUGGCCAGGACCCAAUGGAGGCAUCACCAACUUUGACAACUUCUUCUUCGCCAUGCUGACAGUCUUCCAGUGCGUCACCAUGGAAGGCUGGACUGAUGUGCUCUACUGGAUGCAAGAUGCCAUGGGGUAUGAACUGCCCUGGGUGUACUUUGUGAGCCUUGUCAUCUUUGGGUCCUUCUUCGUCCUCAACCUUGUGCUUGGCGUCCUGAGUGGGGAGUUCUCCCAGGAGAGAGAGAAAGCAAAAGCUCGCGGGGACUUCCAGAAGCAGCGGGAGAAGCAGCAGAUGGAGGAGGACCUGCGGGGCUACCUGGACUGGAUCACUCAAGCCGAAGAGCUGGACAUGGAGGACCCCUCCGCCGAUGGCAACCUUGGUUCUAUGGCUGAAGAGGGCCGGGCGGGCCAUCGGCCACAGCUGACCGAGCUGACCAAUAGGAGGCGUGGACGUCUGCGCUGGUUCAGUCAUUCCACUCGCUCCACACACUCCACCAGCAGCCAUGCCAGCCUCCCAGCCAGUGACACCGGUUCAAUGACAGAGACCCAGGGCGAUGAAGAUGAGGAGGAGGGGGCUCUGGCCAGCUGUACACGAUGCCUAAACAAGAUCAUGAAAACCAGGGUCUGCCGCCGCCUCCGCCGAGCCAACCGGGUCCUUCGGGCGCGCUGCCGUCGGGCUGUGAAGUCCAAUGCCUGCUACUGGGCUGUACUGUUGCUUGUCUUCCUCAACACGCUGACCAUCGCCUCUGAGCACCAUGGGCAGCCUGUGUGGCUCACCCAGAUCCAGGAGUACGCCAACAAAGUGUUGCUCUGUCUGUUCACGGUGGAGAUGCUUCUCAAGCUGUAUGGUCUGGGCCCCUCUGCCUAUGUCUCUUCCUUCUUCAACCGCUUUGACUGCUUCGUGGUCUGUGGGGGCAUCCUGGAGACCACCUUGGUGGAGGUGGGCACCAUGCAGCCCUUGGGCAUCUCAGUGCUCCGAUGUGUGCGCCUCCUCAGGAUCUUUAAGGUCACCAG